CUACCAACUGGUCUCUGUAAUAACUAUUUAAAUCAGUCUGUCCUGACUCAGCUCAACAGUCUCCAGUCUACCAACUGGUCUCUGUAACUUCAUCUUUGUCUCUGUGGUGUACAAUCUUCAGGUGAUGAUGGGGGUAUUGAAUCAUCUCUCUACUCUCCUCCUCCUCUCUCUCCUUCCUCCUGCUCUCUCUCAUGUAGUGGUUAAGUUCAGUGAUGUUCCACAGUGCCAGAAGUUCUUCCUGGAGGGGAAAACUCCAAAUCUCCCAGGUAUUUUGGUUGGUGGGAUGGUCCAGAACCAGAACCGCUACAAGCCGAUCUGCCAGUUGUUCAACAACAUCUACAUGUUUGCAACUCUCUACGACACGACCAACAGGAUCCCUGUGUUCUCAGCCUACACCUUCUCUGGUCCUCCUACAGACUGCAGACCAGAUCAACCCUGGAUGAUGGAGCCCCAGCUCAACAGGGAAAACAACAGCCCUGAAAUGAAGAUUAUGGGAGAACACUCUCAACACCAGGCUGGGAACUAUGACUAUAUUAACUCAAUACCAAAUAAAGGGGUGAACAGAGGUCAUCUCUUCCCAUGUUCACAUGCUCAUGACCUUGAUACUCAGAAGUCCACCUUUACCCUGACCAACAUCGUUCCCCAGGUGGUGUCCUUCAACGGGGGCAGCUGGAGCAAAAUGGAGAGUAAAGUCAGAGAAAAGCUUAAGACGGACUGUAUUAAUAACAACAGGAAGAUAGAAGCCUAUGUGGUGACUGGAGCCGUUCCCAGUAAGAGCAACACACUGAACAACAGAGUGAACAUCCCUGAUCUCCUGUGGACAGCCUACUGCUGUUACAACAACAACCUGGGACAGUGGGUGGCCCGAGCACACUGGGGGAGGAACCAAAAGGAGGGCAAGGGGAAGACAUUGCCCUCAGAAACCUUGACAGAUCUGUAUAACAUGUUGAACCCGAACUACCCAGGGGGUGUCCAGGUUUUCCCAGAGCAGUGUAUAACUGGUGUCAAACCUACUACUACUUCUACUCCUCCCCAUUCCUGGUGGAAAUAUCUUGACAGAAUGUAUUUCCCACUGAGGAAUCUUCACAAUGCAUUGAUAAAUCAUUCUAGAAGGUUCUUUGGAUGAUCUGGGUACAGAUGCUCUCACCAUAUCAACAAACUAUCAUUACUGUUAGAGUAAUUAUAGUUUAGUAAUGAUUAAUGAUUAUCAGGGUUACAUUGGUUAUCAGGGUUAAAUUGGUUUUCAGGGUUAAAUUGGUAAUGAGGGUUGUAAUGGUAAUGAGGGUUAUAAUGGUAAUGAGGGUUGUCAUGGUAAUGAGGGUUAUAAUGGUAAUGAGGGUUGUCAUGGUUACAUGUCAACAUAUGUACACUUUCAAUUGUAAAACUUGUCCAUGUCUAUAUCUAUAUACUGUUACCAUGGAGAUACUAUGAUAUGUUCUGAAUGUAAUUCUAUCACUGUUACCAUGGAGAUACUCUUAUAUGUUCUGAAUGUAAUUCUAUCACUGUUACCAUGGAGAUACUAUUAUAUGUUCUGAAUGUAAUUCUAUCACUGUUACCAUAGAGAUACUAUUAUAUGUUCUGAAUGUAAUUCUAUCACUGUUACCAUGGAGAUACUAUUAUAUGUUCUGAAUGUAAUUCUAUCACUGUUACCAUGGAGAUACUAUUAUAUGUUCUGAAUGUAAUUCUAUCACUGUUACCAUAGAGAUACAUUAUAUGUUCUGAAUGUAAUUCUAUCACUGUUACCAUGGAGAUACUAUUAUAUGUUCUGAAUGUAAUUCUAUCACUGUUACCAUGGAGAUACUAUUAUAUGUUCUGAAUGUAAUUCUAUCACUGUUACCAUGGAGAUACUAUUAUAUGUUCUGAAUGUAAUUCUAUCACUGUUACCAUGGAGAUACUAUUAUAUGUUCUGAAUGUAAUUCUAUCACUGUUACCAUGGAGAUACUAUUAUAUGUUCUGAAUGUAAUUCUAUCACUGUUACCAUGGAGAUACUAUUAUAUGUUCUGAAUGUAAUUCUAUCACUGUUACCAUGGAGAUACUAUUAUAUGUUCUGAAUGUAAUUCUAUCACUGUUACCAUGG